CUUCCAUUCCCCCUAUAAAAAAAGGGAAGCAUGCAUACUCUCCUCCUACCAACUCCAAGGAAAAGAAAACUUGCUUUGUUCACCAACUCGAAGCUUACUAUUGAUAGCUCUCGGGCGCAGCAUUCCCAUCGGCCUUCACCCCAGCUUUCCGACUCUCCCUCGGCUACUGCUCACCGGCUCCGCCAUAUAUGGCAACGAGCUCGCUCUCGCUCUUGCUCAUCUCCGCCGGCAUCAUCUCGGUCCUGCUGCAGGCUGCCUCGGCUUCCAAGACCAGGCAUUUCAAAUGGGAGGUGGGGUAUAUCUACGCAUCGCCGGACUGCAACGAGAAAAUUCUGAUAGGGAUCAACGGCCAGUUCCCCGGCCCCACCAUCCGCGCCAAGGCCGGCGAUACGAUCCAUGUGGAGCUCAAGAACACGCUUCACACCGAGGGAGUCGUCAUCCACUGGCACGGCAUCAGACAGUUCGGAACGCCGUGGGCCGAUGGAACCGCUUCCAUCUCACAGUGCGCCAUCGAUCCCGAAGAAACUUUCGUUUACCGAUUUAGAGUUGAAAAGGCCGGGACGUACUUCUAUCACGGGCACUAUGGGAUGCAGAGGGCGGCGGGGCUGUAUGGGUCUCUGAUAGUGGAUGCGGCCGAUGGGGAAGCGGAGCCGUUCCGCUAUGACGGCGAGUUCAAUCUGCUGCUGAGCGAUUGGUACCACCAGAGCAUAUAUGAUCAGACGGUGGGACUCUCUUCCAAACCCUUCCGAUGGAUCGGCGAACCGCAGACUCUGCUGAUCAAUGGGAGGGGGCAAUACAACUGUUCUUUGGCCGCACAUCUGAUCGAGGGAUCCAACACAUGCGAGACGACAAGCAAAGAUUGUGCGCCGGUCGUGCUCCGAGUGCUUCCAAACAAGACAUACAGAUUGAGGAUCGCAAGCACCACCUCGCUGUCUUCUCUCAACCUGGCCAUCGGAAAUCACAAGAUGGUGGUGGUGGAGGCAGAUGGGAACCAUGUGGAACCGUUCAUGGUGGAUGACAUAGACAUAUACUCAGGCGAAAGCUAUUCGGUGCUCCUCACCACCGACCAGAAUCCAUCAUCGAACUACUGGCUUUCGAUCGGCGUCAGGGGAAGGAAACCCAAAACCAGCCCUGCAUUAGCCAUCGUGAACUACAGCCCAAAUUCCCCAUCAAAGUUACCGGAAUCCAGUCCUCCGAUCGCUCCUGAAUGGAACGACUAUAACCACAGCAAAUCGUUCUCCUACAGAAUCCUGGCCCGCCGAGGCGCACCGAAGCCCCCACAGAGCGCCGACAGGCGGAUCGUCCUGCUCAACACGCAAAACAAAAUCGACGGGUACACAAAGUGGUCGAUCAACAACAUCUCUUUGGCUCUCCCUCCCACCCCUUAUUUGGGGUCCAUGAGAUACCGUCUGAAGAAUGCAUUUGAUGCUGGGACGCCACCCGAGAAUUUUCCCUCGAGUUACGAUGUGAUGAAGCCUCCUACAAAUCCAAACUCCACGCAAAGUAGCAAUGCGUACGUGAUCCGGUUUAACAGCACGGUGGAUGUGAUCCUCCAGAAUGCAAAUGCCCUCGCGGUUAACGUCAGCGAAAUACAUCCGUGGCAUCUGCACGGGCAUGACUUCUGGGUGGUAGGAUAUGGGGAUGGAAGGUUCGAUGAGAAGGACGUUGCCAGGUUCAACCUGAAGAAUCCGCCGCUCAGGAACACGGUGGUGAUCUUUCCUUAUGGUUGGACGGCGAUAAGGUUCGUGGCAGACAAUCCUGGAGUCUGGGCAUUUCAUUGCCACAUAGAACCGCACUUGCAUAUGGGCAUGGGUGUGAUCUUUGCCGAAGGCGUUGAGCAUGUAGGAAAGAUACCAAAGGAAGCUCUGGUUUGUGGGAUGACUGGGAAGAUGCUGAUGCACAACCACCUCCCGUGAUGGAUCUCCCCUUGACGAUCAUAUGUUUUCCGUCGAUCAUUUGACUCGUGUUAUGUAUUCUAAGAAUGAGAAUUUUGAGGAGCGAUCGAACCAAGUGCCUUAUUU